AUGUCUCCCACUCUUCAGAAAGGGGCCUGUUUGGUGGAAAACAAACCGUCACCUUGUCCAUUUUCAAUUGACAGCAUUUUGGGAUCGGACCAGAAGAAAGAUUGCAUUCCUUCGAUUAAAUCUCGCGGGCUGUGGACAGAUUCCAGUGAUGGUUUGGGGGAAAAUGGAAGUCCUUGUGUGUAUAUCCCUCUCAUUCCUUAUGGGAUCUCAUUCUCCCAUAGUCUAGGCUAUCCAAUGCCAGAAAAAAGGAUUUUGAAAUAUGAAAAGUAUUUUUCAGCCUCAGAAAGACUGUCUUUUAAAAGAGAGCUAAGCUGGUACAGAGGCAGAAGACCAAGAACUGCUUUCACCAGAAACCAGAUUGAAGUGUUGGAGAAUGUCUUUAGAGUAAACUCUUACCCUGGUAUUGACGUCAGAGAAGAAUUAGCUCAGAAAUUGGAUUUGGAGGAAGACAGAAUACAGAUCUGGUUCCAAAAUCGGCGGGCAAAACUGAAAAGAUCACAUAGGGAAAAACAGUUUUUGAUGGUAAAAAAUAAUUUCACUGCAAAUUGA